AUGCAUAAAGAUUUCGAUAAAAAGUUUUCUAUUGGCAGUGCGGCGCGUAAAGAUAAGCUCCACACGUGUCUCUCCUCUUACAAAAACAGUAAGACUAUGUCGGUGCAAAGUAUGAGUUGGCCAGAAAAAUCGGUAGAUGCAGCAUUGCGUGCGUGUUGGACGUUAAAUAAGCACCAAACGCCAUUUUCAGACUCGGAAAUCGUAAAAGAAUGUAUAUUGGAAGUGGCCACUGCUUAA